AUACCAUCGAUAAAGGGACGUCAACAAGUAAUAUUUAUUAAAAAUCCAGAAAAUAAUAAUUAUGAAAAGGUUUUACAAAAUCUAUUACAAAACGCAGUACAGCCAAAAACCCAUAUUUAUGUACUUAAUAAAGAACCCAAUUAUGCUGGAUUACAGAAAAAGUUCCAAACAAUUCAGAAAACAGUACACCAUAAACCCGAAGUACACUUUAUUAAAUAUCGCAAUCCUACAGAUGCUCAAAGAAUUCAAUCGACAAUUAUACAAAAAUAUGGAGGCAGAAGUAACGAGAAAGCCGCCCUUAAACAGACACGUUCUGUGACAAGUGAUAAUAAACCAGUGGAUAAAAAUUAUGCCAUAAAUUUCUUGCCAACGGGUGUGGAUGUUGUACCCGGUAGUUCAUAUAUACCAUUAGUUUUAUAUUAAUUGCAUUCUUAAAAAGAUUUAUAUUCAUUAAACAACUUGUUAAAAGUACUGACUGGAGUUUUAUUAUAUGAUUAAUUAAUUCAAUGAUUUGCAUUAAAAAAAUUAGUUAAUUAAAAAAAAAAUAAAACUUAUAAUA